CUCCCCAAGAGCCCUCUGUGCCCCCCAGGCCUUCGAGCUGGCGACGGGGGAUUAUCUGUUCGAGCCACACUCGGGGGAGGAGUACAGCAGGGACGAGGACCACAUCGCCCACGUGAUCGAGCUGCUGGGGGACAUCCCGCGCCACGUGGCCCUGGGGGGGAGAUAUUCCCGGGAAUUCUUCAACCGCAGAGGUGAGCUGCGGCACAUCCGGCACCUGCGGCCGUGGGGGCUGCGGGCGGUGCUGCAGGAGAAAUACGAGUGGCCCCGGGGCCCCGCGGCCGCCUUCGCCCGCUUCCUGCGGCCCAUGCUGGCCUUCGAGCCCGCCCGCAGGGCCACCGCACACCAGUGCCUGCAGCACCCCUGGCUGAGACCGUAA